AUGCUGCCUAUUCAGGUAGAAGAUAUUGGCAAGAUGAAAAUUCUGUGUCUACAUGGAAUGGGCACAAAUGCCGACAUAUUUCGGGCCCAGACUGCCUCCUUCAGGUCUCUUCUUCCUUCUUACUACACGUUCUAUUUUCCUGAGGGCGAAUACGAAUGCGCAGCAGCAGACGGAAUUGCAGAGGUGUAUCCAGGUCCUUAUUUGUGCUGGUACCCCUUUCCACCGACGUUGGACCAUCUCAGUGAAGCACACGAGUUGAUUUGGAAUAUCAUUGAGGAAGAUGGCCCAUUCGAUGGUGUUAUGGGUUUCAGUCAGGGCGCUGCAUUGGCCGCAUCGAUCUUGCUUCACCAUGAGAAAAAUACACCGUUAGAAACGCCGCCAUUCCGGUUUGCAAUCUUCAUCUGUGCAUCAUUACCAUUCUCUGUCGACCAAACCUCAGGUUUCGAACUCACGCAGGUCUUCACAUAUUCCGGUGACCCGAUGCCAGGAGAUCUCAAUCGCUGGCAAGAUCUUGUAAAUAGAGAGCAGCUUACUGACCAAAAGCCAAAUAACGAGCCUUUUCAGCUUGACGCUCAAGAACUUCAAAGCUUUGUUGAACCGAUCAGCAGGGCUAGCUCUAGUAACAACAUUGCUGCCACCAACUCCAGCUCAUCUUACAGCGACUCUGAUUCCGUGUCAACGGAAGAUACUACGCUAUCUGAUAACUGUUCCCUUGGAGAUGGGGAAGAAGUGCCUCUGAGUGUGAACACUAACGGCACCAGAAUCUUUCGCUUCCAUCCGGAAGUCGAUACUGUUAGGAUCUCUAUUCCCACUGCUCAUGUAUAUGGCAAGAAUGACCCGUAUCUAAGUCAAAGUGUUCAGUUGGUGAACAUGUCCCAAUUAGAUCUCGUGAGAGCAAUGGAUCAUGGUGGAGCACAUGAUAUUCCUCGCUCAAAUUCGGUUACAAAGGCUAUCGCGGACACGAUUGAGAAGACUAUCAUGAAAAGCGAGUUCAUGAUUUGA